UUACUGUUUAUUGUUUUCAGAAUAAUGAUCUUCAAAAUGGUUUUACACCCGAGACAUUUUUCAUCAAAACUCAAUAUUUCCAGUUUUCGAUAUUUAAGCAGUGAAAACAUUGUUAUAAAUAAGAUUAACUAUCCACGUGAUGAGUUUACUAAUGUCACACCUCGGAUAUUGUCACAUUUAGACCGACGUCUUCAUUUACAGCCCUGUCAUCCCCUUUGCUUAAUCAAAGAGAGAAUAGUGGAGUAUGUUUACAAAAAAUUCGGCAACAGUCGGGGAAACCCUCUUUUUUCAAUCAUUGAUCAGCUGAAUCCUGUUGUGAAUUUAACACAGAAUUUUGAUAGUUUACUUGUGCCGAAGGAUCACGUGAGUAGGAAAAGGUCUGACAGCUAUUAUAUUAACAGAUGGUGUUGGUCUGAGUCGGUUAGCUGGGUUACCCCGGGGUGAUCUAUUCAACUAUUUGAGAAUGGAGAUAAGACAGCAUACAAGCAGGCGGUACAUACACAAGACGCAGCAAAAAUAAUGGAAGUUGAUCUGAAAGACUGCUUGACAGGACUUGCCAAACAUUUGUUUGGAGAUAAAAUAGAAUUUCGUUGGGUUGAAUGCUAUUUUCCCUUCACACAUCCAUCCUGGGAACUAGAGGUUUAUUAUAAUGACGACUGGCUGGAAGUUCUUGGAUGUGGUAUAAUGGAACAGGAGAUUCUUGCUUCAGCGGGGGUCCAGGAUAAAAUUGGGUGGGCGUUCGGGCUAGGCUUAGAGCGGUUAGCGAUGGUAUUAUAUGGUAUAUCUGAUAUAAGAUUCUUUAGGACUCCCUUAGAAAGCACCAUUGCCUCUGAACAGUAUAGUAUUGCUGGAAUUGCACAUCUUUCCCACAGAGCAUGUGCUGCUACUGCUCUGUCAAGGCCAUUCCUGAUUCAAACUGAACUUGAUACACUUAAAGAGCAGGGAUACUGCACUUUAUUGGCAGGGGAUUUCAACGCCCAUGUGGGUAACGACAGCCAAGGAAUACCACGGAACAAUAAGGAUAUCAACUGGAAUGGCAAACUAGUUCAACUUGUGGAUAAUUUCUAUAAUAAGAAGAAAGAACUACACUCCCAUUGUUACCGGAUAACCUACAGGCAUAUGAACAAGGUUCUAACCCAAGCAGAGGUCACCCUCAUUCAUCAAGAGAUUGCAGCCCAAGCGGUCAGCAUGUUGGGGGUCACUAUACGAUAGUCAUUAAUUAUUUACUUUUUCACCAACAGAAAGACUUCAUCAGUAAAGAGAAACAAAUUCAAAAGCGGACUUAAUCCCAUGUCCUAAUCAAACCCACCAACCCCUCACCUUUGACAGUGAUAUGUUUGAAUUAGUUCAAAUCCAUUUUCUUUGCCACGACUCCUUCGGAAUGAUGGUUGAAUGCCCCAUAUCUCUCACAUCUUGAUUUGUUGAUAGGAAAAUGUGGGUUAAUUGAUAGAUUGAACAUUGCUCCUUACAGA